AUGGAUGCAGAAUUAGCUAAGCUUAAACUUGUAUCCAAUGCGGUGGUGGGAUUUGAAUCUUCACGCAGCGACGAUUCAACGGAACAACGCGCCACGAAAGAUGUCGGUUUGGAUCCCCGUCCUCCGUCAACCAGGAACGAUGCCACAACAGAACCGAAGGAACGAAAAGAAACUGCCACUCAAACGAUCAGUGCGCCUCGGAGCAAAAAAUUUGCAACCUAUGAUGAUUCUAAGCUGGUUUCAUUCAUAAGGAAAAUACAGCCUGUUCUAGAGGAGGAACUUGCAUAUGGAAUAACGCCAAUAUUCGAUUACAACGACAAUAUGUUCGAGUCGUCCGAGCGGUACCAAGUAAGUCGUCAUCAGGAACUCACCCUUAAAAGCCUCCACGUGGAUCAAACGGGGGAAAGAAACGAUAGUAAACCGUUCAGUGUUGGAGCUGCUACAUGGCUGUCCAUACUAACACGGGAUGCACCGCUGCUAGUGCUCGCUUGCAGCCCAAAUCACGAGGCAUGGUGCGAACACUUCAGCUCCGUCGUAACUGUUUUCAGCCCAAAGCGAUACAGCUUCGGGAACUCCGUGCAAUGGGUAGAAUUGUGCAGUAAUCCGGUGAAGGCUUGCAUCGAAUCGCUCGAAACGAACCCGUACAAUCGAGACAUGUUUGCCGGUGGCACUGUGUCUGGGGACGUGUAUAUAUGGCACUACGAGAUGAAUCUGAAAAACGAACGAAAUUCUUUUGCGGAGCUGCAUUCAGAAACAACAGACUGCGGAAAGGUGGUCGACAUGGCAUGGGCACGCUAUAACGUCAUGUCCAAAUCGGACUACGCCCUGCUCACUGCACACAGCGAGGGAACUGUGAUACUAUGGCGGAUCGGUAAAACGAUCGUGAAGGAUAAAAUUUUUAAACUUAGCUUACCAUCUGCCAGCAGUCGAGCCCUCAUUUUGACACAAAUAUUGACCACUUCUAAUACCGAAUUCGUGGCGGGAUGCGGCGAUGGAUCGUUGCUGCUCUGUUCGACAACGCAGCUGAUUCCGCUAGGUGUGUCCGCUUCGGACCGCACGGCCACAUCAGGGGCUAACGGCUCAGCUACUACCAUUAGCUCCGGCAAAGCGAACUACUUCGCACCGGGCACAAUCGAGUUGAAGAGCCAUUCGUUUUCCGUUACUAGCCUGCAGAAGAUUGAAAACCGUCGCCAGGAGCUGCUCAUUAGUUGCGACCUUACGGGGGAAGUGUUUUUCCACGAUAUAACCGACAGCAUCAAUUCAACUCCAGCACUCAUCAUAAAGAUGCCGCUUCCGUUCAAGACCCGUGUUGUAUGCACAAGCGAUACCGAGUACAUCUUUUCGCCUACCAAAAACGGUCUCCUAGAGAUGUACCGGAUCGGAAGCGGGAAGGUGGACUCCGUAGAACCAUCGUUACCGUUGAAGGGUACUCCAAACCUGAUUAAAAUGACUGCGAAUGGGAAAUGGUUGAUUACUGGUACGUACGACGGUACAUUCAUUGUAUACUCCGUAGCAGUGGAGUAA